CCAACGUAGCGGGCGUGCCGACUCGACAACAUACACCUCCGUUAGCAGCCAACGCACACUUUACUUGUCUUCUUUUGUUAAAUCCGUCAUCUUCUUCUAUAAAUACACAAUCAUUCUUCCCCAAAUUCACUUUCACCAAUCGCUCCGCCACCGCCACACAUGGAGGUAGAAGGCGGCUGUUCAUCAUCUAAGAGAAAGGAGAUUCACUCGAUUGAAACCAACAAACCCUACAGAGGAAUCAGGAUGAGGAAGUGGGGGAAGUGGGUUGCCGAGAUUCGAGAACCCAAUAAACGUUCUCGUAUCUGGCUUGGUUCUUACUCCUCCCCCGUCGCUGCCGCCCGUGCCUACGACACCGCCGUUUUUUACCUCCGUGGCCCAUCGGCACGUCUUAAUUUCCCUGAUUCAAUCGGAGACGACGGUGACCUACAUGACCUCUCCUCCGCUUCGAUUAGAAAGAAGGCGACUGAGGUCGGAGCUAAGGUGGACGCUCUCCAGAAUCAGCACGGAGGUACCCACCACCACUCGCCGUCAACCGGAGGACUUUCGGGUCGCGUCUGUUUAAACACGGAUUUGAAUGAGUACCCGAGUCCAGAAUCUUCCGACGAGAAUUAACGGUGAGAUAACGACAAAUGUCAUUUGUUCACAUGGGGUUGACGGCGUUAAUUUCGGAGGGAUAUAUCGUCUUUUUUCUUUUUUUAAAUAUUAUUUGGUGGGUUGGGUGUAGAUUAUGUAGGUGGAUAGAUGGAGAAUCCGAAGGGAUUAUAUGUUUUAUUAUCUGAAAAUAUUGUUUUUAUUUUUCCUAAAUUAUGCAAAAAAAAACCCGAAAGAGGUUUAUUAUUUA